CUAUCACAGACGUUUGAAUUGAAUCUGAACCAAUCGGUUCCUUGGGGAGGGUGGAUACCAGGAAGUGUAAGACUCAGGAAAACAGGACACAGAGCCAGAGCGGAGGUGCGCACAGUAACGUUUUCUUACAACUUCUAAAUAUAUCCAUCACUGAGAGAGAAGAAUGUCAUCAGGAGCACUUUUCCCCAGCCUGAGCUCAGGCUCCCGUAGCUCUUCCAGCAAAUACCUCGUGGAGUUCAGGGCUGGGAAGAUGAGCCUGAAGGGCAGCACAGUGACCCCGGACAAGAGAAAGGGAAUGGUCUACAUACAGCAGACGGACGACUCGCUCAUCCACUUCUGCUGGAAGGACAGGACCAGUGGAAACGUUGAGGAUGACCUGAUCAUUUUCCCUGACGACUGUGAGUUUAAGAAGGUGAGCCAGUGCACCACAGGGCGUGUGUUCGUUCUCAAGUUCAAGGCUGGGUCCAAACGUCUAUUUUUCUGGAUGCAGGAGCCCAAAACAGAUAAAGAUGAUGAGUACUGCCGCAAAGUGAAUGAAUUCCUGAACAACCCUCCCAUGCCGGGGGCUCUUGGCAGCGGAGGCAGUGGCAGCCACGAGCUGUCUGCUCUGGGAGGAGAAGGUGGCUUGCAAAGCCUUCUGGGUAACAUGAGCCAUAACCAACUGAUGCAGCUGAUUGGACCAACUGGACUAGGGGGACUUGGUGGACUCGGUGCUCUGGCAGGACCAGGCCUGGCCAGCCUGUUGGGCAGUGGAGGGACCGGCAGUAGCUCAACCUCAAGUUCCAGGAGCCAGUCUGCGGCUGCCACCCCGUCCUCUGGCUCCGGUGGUGCCCGCACCAGCUCUGCGCAGGCUGUCACUACGCCCGUCACCCCAGCCGCCUCCGCCCCCGCCGCCACCUCCCCCACCGUCACCCCCACCACUCCUGCUGCCCAGACGCCUGCGGCGACCACGGGGGUGGCCAGCCCCACGCAGCCCAUCCAGCUCAGCGAUCUACAGAGCAUCCUGGCCACCAUGAACGUACCCAGUACAGCUGCCUCAGGCCAAGGAGUGGACCUGGCCAGUGUGUUGACUCCAGAGGUCAUGGCGCCCAUCUUGUCGAACCCGGAGGUGCAGGAGAGGCUGCUGCCAUACCUGCCCUCGGGCGAGUCUUUACCUCAGAGUGCCUCCGAGAUCCAGAACACCCUCACCUCCCCGCAGUUCCAGCAGGCCAUGAGCAUGUUCAGCAGUGCACUGGCGUCAGGGCAACUUGGGCCUCUAAUGAACCAGUUUGGCUUACCCAGUGAAGCGGUUGAGGCGGCCAACAAAGGGGAUGUGGAAGCGUUUGCCAAAGCCAUGGAGGGAGCGGACAGUAAAGCCGAAGGGUCCGGAGACAAGAAGGAGGAUGAUGAGGACAUGAGUUUAGAUUAGACAUCAUCUCACUCGCUUGCAUGCAGUUUUCUGUGUGUUUCUCACUUUGUUGAUGCCUUGCAGGAAUUAAGCUGUCUGGAAUGUAUGUUGACCUUUCUUUGUUUUGUAACACUGAGCUUAACUACCCUAGUAUUUUUUUUAACUUGGCUUACAGUAAAAGUAUUUUGGGUGUCA